UUAUCCCUGGGGACAAGUUGUUUGAUUAGCAUUGAUGUUGGUGUUGAUUGUGGCCAAAAAAUGCAAGAUUCUGUUCACACUAGCCCACUUCAUACUAUUGAAUUUGCAGACGAAGAAAUUGUCAAAUACGAGUACGUUUUUGGUCCAUCAAAGUUUACGUUCAGUUUUUUUACCCUUCCUUUCACUCGCGAAGCGCGGCCCAUGGAGCGAGAUCAUCUGCACGAAGCAACCUACUAGCACCAAGUUCACACAGCCCACAGGCUACGCAACACCGAGGCCCAACCCAGCGCGCGAGGAGGUCGGCUGACGACGGUUUCGGCCCGGACCCCAACUCCCAAGCCUCGUUCUCCGGUCGACGGUCUGCUGACCGGACGCGAUCGCACCGCGCCGCCGCCGGCCGCCCGCCCGCACGGCACGGCGCUCCGAACCCUUGCGCCAGCCAGCGUCGCUCCCCUGCGGCGUGAGCAGGGGCACCUUCCUGGACGCUCCUCCUCCCCGUGCCUCCUUGCUUCCCCUGCCAACACCCCCUCGGCGGGGCAGCCCAUUUCACCGCGCGCGAGCGCCGCAGCAGGCUGCAGGGCUCCACUGGUGGCCUGGAGCGACCGAGGGCAGCGCGCCCGGGCCUCUGCUUUGACUGUAGCAACGGCUCCACCUGUGAGCCGCCGGGCGCGGGCGCCGCAGCUGCAGCGCCUUGGAGUUGGAGGCGGAAUCUCAGCUGUCCUUCUGUGGUAUGAGAUGCUCAGUUCAUCUAAUUGGGCCGAAAUGGACAGAUACAGAUAAUUUUUGAGUCUGGAAGCCUAUAUAGUAUAUACCGUAGAAGAUAUCUGCAAUGGAAGGGUCCGAAUCUAGCAGGAGUCGCAGCAGGGGAGAUGUUGAGGACAGCAUUGAUGCCAUGGGCAGUUGGAAGGAAGAUGAAGAGCGAGAGGAUGCUGACGGCAGAAAGAGCCAGUCAGGCAAGGCGAAAAAGCAUGGCUCUGCAGAUAGAGUUGAGGAUCCAGAUGAUGCUAGACGGGGAUCUUCUACCAAUAGGAACGGGUCUAGAAGGAAGUCUGUUUCAGGCUCAGCCCAGGCCUACAGCGACGACGAGGAUGAUUACGAUGUAAGAAGGGAUUCACGGGUAUCCAAGGUUCCACGGCGAAGCCCUAAAGAGAAAACCGAGAAAGAUGGGGACAACAGUAGGAGAAGAAGAAAAGAUGAGAAUGAUUGGGACUCUGAUGAAGCUGAUGGUAGGCCAUCUUCUGGUCAGAGUAAUCACAAGAAUGCACGAGAGGCUCAUGACCACAGGGAUGGAUCCAGUCAAAGAGAUGAUAAACAUAGGACCGCCGAAUGGGAAGAGAAAGAUGAGAAACUAAGGCAUCAAGAUGAGUGUACAUACGAAAGUAACGUCAAUUUAGGAACUAAAGGUAAGGUCCCAUAUUUGGAAGAUGGUGCAAACGCCAGGGAACAAAGUAUAAACAUGAAAGAGAAAACUAGAGAUGAUUUUACAUCACACAGAGGGAGGGAGCGAAACAAAGAAUCGGAAGAAUCAAGAGAGUACAUGAGAAAUCAUCAAAGGGAAGAAUCUAAAGGUGCAAAUGACUAUGGCACUACUUUGGAAUGGAUUCAUGGGCACGAAAGGUUAGAUGGUGGAAGUUUCCAAGGCUGGUCUGCAUACAGGAAAGAUUCUAGGGGCAGAUAUGAGAGCAGCAAAGGCCCUUCUUCAUAUGGAAAUCGAUAUGAUGGUUCUGAUUCUAUAGAAAUAAGGCCUAACAGGAAUCUUGAUUUUGGAAGGGAGAGCUCUGUUUCUGGGAGAAGAACAAGCAUGAAUGCACAUCAGGAUUUAACAGCUGGUACAAAUGAUACUGCUGAAGAGGACAAAAGGAAUUAUAGAAGUGAAGAGGAUUCAAAAGAGAGAUACUAUGAUGAUGCUCAAAAUACAAAUCAGAAUACCGGCAAAGGUUCUGUUGAUUCCCCAAUUGCGAGAGCAGGAAUGAAAGGACCAAUGACAUCCGAUACACCAGUAGCAGUUCAAAGUGGUAGCAGCAGUUUGGUUUCUCCAAUUCCUCAGCAAGGAUCAAAAGGUGGUAGACUUUCUAGAGGUAUAAGAGGGAGGCCAAAUGGAAGGGAACCUCAGAGAAUGGGAGGUCCAGUGCCCAUGAUGCCGCCUCCACCAUUUGGACCUCUUGGUCUGCCACCAGGUCCAAUGCAACCAAUGGGCCCAAACAUGUCACAUUCUCCAAGUCCUCUUGGACCUGGUAUUUUCAUGCCACCUUUUCCAGGGCCUCUUGUUUGGGCUGGAGGAAGGGGUAUGGAUGUGAAUAUGCUUUCUGUUCCACCCAAACUUCUUAUGCCUCCUCUAGCAGCUGGACCUGGGUUCUCUCCUAGUGUGGGAGCUGGCCCAAGCCAUAAUAUUCAAUUAGAUCAAACAACCACUGGAAGAGGAGGUCCAACAGAUGCUCCUGUACCCGGUUUCAACCCAAUAGCUACACCAAGUCAUGAAAUGCUGCAUGAUAAGCCACCUGGAGGCUGGACACCACAGAGGAAUAGUGGAUCUGCUCGAAAAGCUCCUUCAAGGGGCGAACAAAAUGAUUAUUCACAGAACUUUGUUGACACUGGCUUGCGACCUCAGAAUUUCAUUAGAGAACUAGAGCUUACAAGUGUAGUGGAGGAUUAUCCCAAGCUAAGAGAACUCAUACAGAGGAAAGAUGAAAUAGUAGCUAACUCAGCUUCAGCACCAAUGUACUACAAGUGUGACCUCAAGGAACAUGUGCUCUCCCCAGAUUUUUUCGGCACAAAGUUUGAUGUUAUCCUUGUAGAUCCUCCAUGGGAGGAGUAUGUUCAUCGUGCUCCAGGUAUCACAGACCAUAUUGAGUAUUGGACUGCUGAGGAGAUUAUGAAUUUGAAAAUUGAGGUCAUAUCUGAUACGCCUUCAUUUAUCUUCCUUUGGGUUGGUGAUGGUGUAGGUCUUGAACAAGGCAGACAAUGUUUGAAGAAGUGGGGAUUCCGUAGGUGUGAGGAUGUAUGUUGGGUAAAAACCAACAAGAAAAAUGCAACACCAGGUCUGCGCCAUGAUUCUAAUACUUUGUUCCAGCGUUCAAAGGAGCAUUGCUUAAUGGGCAUAAAAGGAACUGUACGGCGCAGCACUGAUGGGCAUAUCAUCCAUGCAAACAUCGACACUGACAUAAUAAUAACUGAGGAACCUACUGAUGGUUCAACAAAAAAGCCUGAAGACAUGUAUAGGAUCAUUGAGCAUUUUGCGCUUGGUAGGAGGCGUCUUGAACUCUUUGGUGAGGACCACAACAUUCGUCCAGGCAUACAUCAAGAACUUUGCAGAUAGGGAUGGAAAAGUAUGGCAGGGAGGUGGGGGUCGUAACCCGCCUCCUGAAGCUCCUCAUCUCUUGGUGACAACUCCAGAGAUCGAGAGCCUCCGUCCCAAGUCCCCACAGAAGAAUCAGCAGUCUAUACCCACGAUAGGAUCUAGCAGUUCCACAAACAGGCGACCUGGCGCAAAUACGCUACAGAACGUGGUGACUGUCGUCGGUUCUGAAACCAUGAUGCCGGCACCGUGGGCUUCCACUCCAGUGGCAGGUUUUGGAACGCGGGAGGGAGGAGUUGCCCCUGACAGCGGUCCUUCUGAUAGUUAUGGCUUCAGUGCGCCUUUUGGAAGACCAAGUUCAGAUCAUAUCGAUUUUGACACCCCAAG